ACCAGAAAGCCCAUAACUCGACAUGUUUGUCAUGCAUCAAGUCACCUCGUUACUCCUGCUCUGGUUCAGUAAUGUGCACUGUAUUAUCUCGGCUGUCCUCAAAUGGAUUUCUGCACGUGUGGGGGGGAAUCGGAUCCCAGGGACCAGACUCCAGCUCUCCAAAACCGAAGAGCCGUGCAAAAAUGAAGUGACAACUCCAAGAAGCGUGAAUUACCAUUUUACUCGCCAGUGCAACUACAAGUGCGGGUUUUGCUUUCACACUGCUAAGACGUCUUUCGUUCUUCCACUUGAGGAGGCUAAGAGAGGUUUGCAACUCCUGAAAAAAGCAGGUAUGGAAAAAAUAAACUUCUCGGGCGGAGAACCUUUCUUGCAUGAAAGGGGUUUUUUUCUGGGAGAGCUGGUUCGAUACUGCAAGCAAGAGCUCAAUCUACCGAGCGUCAGCAUCGUCAGUAACGGAAGCAUGAUCAAGGAAAAGUGGUUCCAGAAAUAUGGGGAGUAUUUGGAUAUUCUAGCAAUAUCUUGUGACAGCUUUGAUGAGGACACCAACAGAGCCAUUGGUCGAGGUCAGGGCAAGAAAAGCCACUUGGACAACCUGCAUAAAGUGUGCAACUGGUGCAAAGAGUACAAGGUGGCCUUCAAAAUUAACUCUGUUAUCAACACAUUCAACGUUCAUGAAGAUAUGACAGAACACAUCACUUCCCUUAAGCCGGUGCGCUGGAAGGUGUUCCAGUGCCUUCUGAUUAAGGGUGAGAACACAGGAGAGAAUAGCCUUCGCGAGGCCGAGAAAUUUGUUAUCACCGAUCAGGAGUUCCAAAAUUUCCUGGACUGCCACAAGAGCAUUGACUGCCUGGUCCCGGAAUCUAAUCAGAAGAUGAGAGACUCCUACCUGAUUCUGGAUGAAUAUAUGCGAUUUUUGGAUUGUCGUGCAGGGAGUAAAGAUCCAUCUAAGUCCAUUCUGGAUGUUGGGGUAGAGGCUGCCAUCCAGUUUAGUGGGUUUGAUGAGAGGAUGUUUCUCAAAAGAGGAGGGAAAUAUGUAUGGAGCAGACAUGAAGCUAGACUGGUGAUCAUUUUGUUACCGCAUUAUGUACAGUGCAUAUCUUAUAAUAUAUUUACUAUUUGUUAUUUUAAUUUGAUUUGCACCCAUUUUGAGUUGUUAGUAUUGUUGUUAUUGUUAUUAUUGUUGUUUCUGUUGUUGUUGUUAAUAGUUAUUAAUAUGUUUUUAAUAAUAGUUGUACUGAUCAAAUAGUUUUGAUCACAUAGUCUUGAUGAAAUAGUAUUGAUCAUUUUUUGCAUUUCCUGCGAUGCCUUGUUCAUGUACCCUUUCUAAAUGAUGCACAUUUAUGUACAUUUUUAAAAAUGUUUUGAUGAUGAUGCUUUUAUUAGUAAACAAUUGCUAAAAAGGCA